CUAUGACCUGACACCUGACAUGAGGAGCACGUUCUCACAUUGCUGAACGAAUUAGUUCCUUUUUUACUGAAUUUUACAGUCAAGAUUUCAAACACAAGGAUGCCAUCGCUGGAAGAAAGCAUCGGAAAGGUUCUGCUUUCAGAAUCAUCGAAAAUCUCCGAGGGAACCGAGGAAUUGAAGGUGGCUUUCAAGAGUCCGGAUAUUGUUCCUGGUCUCUGUCAAGUUCUUGGUACCUCUCAAAAGCAGGAGGUCCGGCAGUAUGCAGUUGUUCUGCUCAGAAAACACCUCCAGCGCAAGAAGCACUGGAUGCAGUUGAAAGCUGAUGUUAAGAAAGGAUUGAAAGAUGGACUUCUCCAGGCGUUGAUUUCAGAGCCGACAAAGAGUGUCAAGUCAGCAAUUGCUCAGUUGAUGGGCGUCAUUGCCAAACAUCUGAAGCAAAUUGACAGGGACUGGCCGGAACUGUUGCAGUUUUUCCAGAAUUUCAUCACCAAUAAUGAUCCAGAAAAACAAGAAAUUGGUACUUUGGCCCUGAAGAAUGUCCUUGACACUUGUUCUGAAUCCAUGGCCAACUUCAUGCCUGCCUUCUGCAUACUCUUCAAGCAUGUGUUGGAAACCAAUACCAACUUGGCAUCCGACAGCGUCUUCAACACCAUUAUUGGCAUGAAGCAUCUCAUUCCGGAGCUCAGCGAACAAAAGGCUUGUGUGAGUGCGUAUGCAAACCUGCUGCCAAAGGUGAUGGAAGCUGCUGCUGCCAUGGCCGCGGUCGACGAGGACAAGGCUGUGGAAGAGCUUGGCAUUUUGGACGAUUUGCUUGAAGAGAACGCGUCCGUCAUUGGCACACACUUGCAAUUUGUGAUUUCGGCUUGCACGCAGAUGGCCAUUAAUUCAGCACUGCCUGAUGCAGUCAGAGUCAAAGGCACACUCCUGGCUGGUUGGGUUGGUCGCAGUAGAAAGAAGGCUUUCCUGAAACAAGGAUUACUGCAGCCCACUCUUGAGGCGCUUUUCAAUCUGAUGAGUGCCCCCACUUCUAUGGAGGAAGAGGAGGAAGCUUAUUUCACGGCUAACGUCGAGUCGACCACUCCUCAGCUCUGCGCCUCACAAACUCUGGACACACUGGCUCUCUCCCUUCCCCCCGACAAGCUGAUUCCUGUCCUUGCAACCUUCAUCGAGCCGGCUUUGCAAGGAGACAAUGUGUACAGAAAGAAAGCUGCUUAUUUGUCUCUAUCUGUGAUUGCCGAGGGGUGCACCGAGUACAUUAGGACCAAUUGUUUGGAGAAUUUUGUUCAAUGCAUUGGAAAAGGAAUCACAGACCAGUCCACAGUGGUGCGAAAUGCAGCACUCUUUGCUCUUGGCCAAUACUCUGAAUACUUGCAACCUGAGAUCACAAAAUAUGCUCCUCUCCUGAUGCCCAUUCUGUUUACCUAUCUCGAGCAACUCUGCGUCAGUCUCCAAUCCAGUGGAAAAGAACCUGCAGGUGUCGACAGAAUGUUUUACGCCCUGGAGACUUUCUGCGAGCAGCUGAAUGAUGAUCUUAUUCCCUAUCUGCCCACCCUGAUGGAAAGACUCUUGAUGACUCUGGACCCAAGGUUCUCGAUUCACUUGCGAGAACUGGCCCUCAGUGCGAUCGGAUCGACCGCAAUGGCUGCCAAGAAGAACAUCCUGCCCUACUUCCCUCACAUCAUUGAGGUUCUCAAAACUUUCCUCAUUGUGCACGCAAGCGAAGAUGACAAACCUCUGCAAGUUCAGGCUCUAGACACACUUGCCAUCUUGGGCAGAAACAUUGGAGAGGAAAACUUCAGACCUCUGGCUUGGGAAAGCUUGAACCUUGGAAUUCAGUUGGUCAAGUCGAGUGGAGAUGACGCGGAUUUGAGAAAAGCGUCCUAUGGUCUCUUUGCAUCUAUUUCAACUGUUCUGAAGGGUGAAAUGUCAGCGUCUCUGCAGGAAAUUGUGCCAUUCUUGCUGCAGAGCAUCAAGAGUAAGGAAGGAAUUGUGACCCAUUUCAAAGAGGACGCAGACAAAGUUUAUCCAGUUUACGAUGAGGUGAAAGAUGAAUUGGAAGAAGAUUUGGAUGCUGAAUUCACUGAUGAUGAGGAAGUCUGCUCAGACAUUGUUGGUUAUGACCUAAAAAAUGAUUACACGGAAGAGUCGGAGGAAGCUUGUCUUGCUCUUAAGGAAAUUGCUGCUGAAGUUGGUGAGGCUUUCACUCCCUACCUAAAGGAGUCGUUUACCGAGGUAUAUUCUGCCUUGAACUAUCCUCACCAGAGUGUAAAGUGUGCUGCCCUUGGAGCUGCAGUGCAGAUAAUUUUGAACUGGUCAAAAAUCCCCACUCCAGACGCUGCCCAUGAAGUGGAUGAUAUCAUCUUGAGCAUUGUGCCGAAAGCGGCUGAACUUGUUCACUGCGACCCAGACUACAAUGUGGUCAUGGCGUCUUUGGAGGUUUACUCAGACCUGCUGAAGGAACUGAAAGGAAUUGUCCUGAAAGGAGAGGGUCACAAAGAGGCAAUCAUCAACUGCGUCAAAGCUGUUCUGAUGAACGAGACUGAGUGCCAGAAACAAGAAGGCCAGGGAAAUGACAAUGACCAGGAGGAUGACGAAGACGACGGAGAAAACGAUGCUGAGCAGGACAUGGCGUUGUUCGAAUAUGCCUCUGAAGUUCUGAACCCCUUGGGACAUGCCAUGCCCAAUGACGACUUUGGAAUUGUCUUCAGAAACCUUCUCCCCAUUUUGAUCAACAAAACUAAAAAGAAGUGCACAGCAGGUCAGAGGUCUUUCAGCACAGGCAUCAUUGCAGAAUGCAUGGAACCCUUGGGAGUUGGUCAGAUUCCCUUGGUUGCCAACCAACUUCUGCCUCUGCUCUUGAAAUUGGCCCAGGACAAAGUGCCCGACGUUAGAAACAACUCGAUUUUCGCUCUCGGAGAGCUGGCAUUUCAUGGCAAAGAUGCUUUGUUCCCGCAUUAUGCGCAAAUUCUGCAAGUUUUGUCUACAGUCAUAUCCAAGAACGACAAUGGCCCUCAAGUCUUGGACAACAUUUGUGGUGCUAUUGCUCGGCUCAUUGUGACCAACGUUUCUGCAGUUCCACUUGAUCAGGUUGUGCCAGUGUUCAUGAUGCAUUUACCAUUGAGAGAGGACCACGGCGAGAUCAAACCUGUCUUUGACAGUAUCUCCUGCCUCUACCAAAUGGGCGCUCCCCAACUUGCCAAUCACAUUGACAAAGUCAUUUUGACUGCUGCUGAUGUGGUUGGAACUGACAAAGUGACAGCUGAUGUGGCAGCAAACAUAGUUGAGCUCAUCAAAUGCAUCCAGCGAGAUUUCCCAGACAAAUUCGCUGCCACCGUUAGCUCUCUGGCCCCAGAGGUGAGUGCCCGACUUCAGCAAGCAUUUUCUGGAUAGAUUUGUCUAGUGCCUUAUUGGAGAACGCUACUAAUUUUAUUAUAUUUAUCAAUUCAAAAAUCUCAAUGGGGCGACCUAGCACUUUAUUACUUACAUAUACUGAACAAAUUUUUGUCUGCCACAUGUGAUUUAUGAUUUAUCUGAAAGUCAAGAAUAUUAUGAACCAA